CGAGCGGCCGUGCGGUCCCGCCUCAUCAUCAUCAUCAUCAUCUGGCACCGAUCUGGCCGGAGAAGGAUUCCGGGAAUUGUAGUUAUUUGAACCGAUGGUGGUGCUCCCGAAAUACGCACGGAUCCGGAUCCCCGUGCCUGCGUCGCUUUAAAAGGAUGCUGUUCCAGGGGAUUCUCCUAGCGCGUUCUAGCUUGUGCCUGUUCUUGUGCGUGAAGAAAGAGGAAUGCAGGAAUGGUGCCCAGCCUCAGUUUUAACGAGUCCCCUCAAGCGUGAUGGUACGCGGCGAGGUUGGUUUCCAGCGGAUGAUGGAACAAGAUCGCUAGCGAGAAGCGGUCCGUUCUCGAUUGCUCACGAUCGUGCCGUCCUCCUUCUUGCUCGCACGCACGUACGCACGCCGGGAGUCCGCGCAGCGCAGCCUCAUCGUGAUUAUUGUGAACACGAGAAACAACAGGCCAGCAGUUGUGUGUGUGUGAUCGUGUUAAUAUCGUGUCCGUGUUCGCCGUCGAUCUCGCUGAUUAGAGAAAGAAGUUACUCCCGUGCGUUAAUUAACAAUCAUUCUUCUCCAAAACGGCAAAAAAACCAAAGUGGCCAUCGAGUUCGUGCGCGCCGGCGCGUUCGCUUAUCCGUGUGCGUGAGGAAUCCCUGUGUGAAGGCAUUUCGAAGUGAUCUUCACCGCCGUCACUGUCGAAUUUCGUGAUAAAUUACUGCAAAACACGGUACGGUGUGUUAUUGGUUAGCUUCAGCAAGGUGGAAGAGGUGCGUACAGCAGGUGCGAAGAGGAGCCCCCCAUUAUCGCGUUAUCAGUGUGUGCGUGUGUGUGUGUGUGUGUGCCUAUCCUGGGGGCAACACGCUGAUUAGUGUUUCGGUGGUUUGCGAGGGCGAGUGUUGUGUGGUGUUACGUUUGGGGGGGUAGAGGGCCUCGGUAUCGGGGGAAGAUGUUCCAGCAUUUUAUCGGGUGCUGCUGCUGCUGCUGCUGCCACCUCUUGCCUGUUCCUGGCAUGUUCCGCUACUCCCGUCACUGACGUCACACCACCACCGAGUAUGAUUCGAGAUGGAUUCAAGGCAACAGAAAGACAGUCGACAUCGCCACCGACGCCACCGCCGGUCUGUCGUUUCGGCCUUGCAUCGAUCUACCACGCUCAGUCAAAGGCGCCGGACACCGCGGCGUAUCACAACAACCACAACAACGCACGGCGAUGAUGAGGAUGCAACAGCAACAACGGUGACCAAUAAACCCAUCCCUGCAGCAGGCCUUUGCCUUUUGGUUGCCAUCGCGCUGCUGACGCAAGGAUAUGGAACAGCAGCAGCAGCGGGUACGUCCGGCGGUUCGCUGGCUACCAUCGUACCAGCGGAACCUUCAGCUGCGGCAGCCGGCACAAACACGGCCUACUACUCUUCACCGAGCGGCCCCUCCUCGAUGUUGCUGCUCUUCACAACCUACUUCGAUCUACGGCUACUGAACGUGUCGGUCCACCAGCCGGAUCACAAUCUCGGCUACACGAUGGACGUUCUGCUGAAGGAUCUCAACGAGGCCUCGGCAAUGGAUUUCUACUACGAGCGGGGUUUAGUGUGCUGGACGGAGAACACGCUCGAGGCGAUCAAAUGUGGGAGCGCCCAGGUGGCGAACGGCACCCGGACGGUGACGAACAAGACGACUGUGAUAACCGACGGGUUGGACAAACCCGAGGGCCUAGCGAUAGACUGGUACACGGAUAAGCUUUACUGGACCGACGGUGGUUCGAACCGGAUCGAGGUAGCACAACUCGGUACCGGGCGGCACCAGCAGAAGGUGCUCAUCUGGAGUGAUCUCGAUCAACCGCGUGCGAUCGCGCUGGUACCGGAGCGACGCUACAUGAUAUGGACCGAUUGGGGCGAAAGCCCGAAGAUCGAGCGAGCCAGCAUGGACGGAGAUCCACAGAGCCGGACGGUGCUAGUGAACGAUCGCAUCUUCUGGCCGAACGGGCUGGCCGUCGAUCUAGCCCAAGAGCUCGUCUACUGGGUGGACGGUAAUCAGCGCUUCCUGGAUGUGAUGGAUCUCGAUGGUAGCAAUCGGAGGACGCUCGUGCGCAAUCUCGAUUACCCAUACAGUCUCACGUUCACACCGCGCUACCUGUUCUGGACGGACUGGAACAAUGGUACGCUGCAUUACUACGACAUCGAACUGGAUCGCCAUCGGGAGCUGCUGAGUAACACGCAAGUGCCGAUCACCGUUCACGCCUGGGAUGCUAGCCUACAGCCAGCGGCCAAAACUGCCACCGGAAAUCCCUGUCGGCGCAACAAUGGUAACUGUUCGCACCUGUGCCUUCUGUCUUCCACCAACCCGGCCGGUUAUAGCUGUGCUUGCCCGACCGGCAUUAAGCUACUCACGGCCACCCAGUGUGCCGAAGGCCCGCAGGAUAUGCUGUUCGUCGUGCAACGCUCCCAAAUCAAUCGGAUAUCACUCGAUUCACCGGAUUACAGCGUAGUGCCGCUACCGUGCGGUAAGGUCCGGUACGCGAUCGCCAUCGAUUACGAUCCGAUCGAGAACUACAUCUACUGGUCGGAUAAGGAGGAGAGCGCUAUCAAGCGUGCACCGGCCGAUGGUAGCGGUCCGGCAGAGGAAAUCGUGACGGCCGAAAUACAGGAUCCCGAUGGACUGGCCGUUGAUUGGCUGGCACGUAAUCUCUACUGGACGGAUACGGGAACGGAUCGGAUACAGGUGUGCCGGUUAGAUGGUACCUUCCGGCGUGUCCUGAUCUACGACAAUCUGGUCGAACCACGAGCGAUCGCUCUCGCACCGACGUUGGGCUGGAUGUUCUGGAGUGAUUGGGGUGAAAAGGAUCCCAAGAUCGAACGAGCGUCACUGGACGGAACGGAGCGUGUGCUGAUCGUCUCGCAGAACCUCUUUUGGCCGAACGGAAUCGCGCUCGAUGUGGCCGCGCGGAAAAUCUACUGGUGCGAUGCCAAGGCGGACAAGAUCGAGGUGGUUAACAUGGAUGGUUCAGGUAGGAAUACGAUCCUUUCCGAUAAUCUGCCGCACGUGUUUGGGCUUAGCCUGCUCGGGGAUUACCUGUACUGGACGGAUUGGCAACGCCGAUCGAUCGAUCGUGCGAACAAGCUUACCGGUACGGAUCGUGUCACGAUCGGAGAGAAUAUUGCCGAACUAAUGGGCCUAAAGGUGGCCCGGUUACGCGAACAGCAGGGUACGAACCCGUGCGCGAUCAACAAUGGCGGAUGUUCGCAGCUUUGCCUCAAUCGACCACGGGAUUACGUGUGCCGGUGUCAGCUUGACUAUGAGCUCGGUCGCGACAAUAAGACGUGCUUUGUUCCGCCUGCCUUUCUGCUCUUCUCGAACCACGGUAACAUUGGCCGGAUUUCGAUCGAUAGCCAUAACCACACGGAUUACGCCCCAUUCCGGAGUGUGAUCGAUGCGCACUAUCUCGAUGUGGAUGUGGCCGAUCGGCGGCUGUACUGGGUGAGCCAAAAGCAAAAGUACAUCUCGCGCGCGUACAUCAAUGGCUCGGAUGUGCAGCGAAUCGUAGAGACGGGGCUGAUGCAACCGGAGGGAAUUGCGGUUGAUUGGUUGGCCCACAACGUGUACUGGACGGAUGCGGAUGCGAGACGAAUCGAAGUGGCACGGCUCGAUGGUGGCAGUCGCCGGAUACUGAUCUGGAAGGGUAUCGAGGAACCGAAGAAUCUGAUCCUCGAACCACGCAAAGGGCUCAUGUACUGGACGGAGUGGCCGUCGGAUUCGAUCCGACGGGCGGCGAUGGAUGGCAGCGAGCUAAUGACGAUUAUCUCCGGGACGAACCAUGCGAUCGGAUUGACGCUCGAUCCGGAUACACGCCGUCUGUACUGGGCCCGGCAAAGCUCUCCGACGGGUAUCGAGAGUGCCGAUUGGGAUGGGAAACGGCGGAUGCGGCUUGUGAUGGCCGAUUCAGGUGACAGCAAUGGGUUCGUACCGGCCGCUGUUACGAUCUAUCAGGAUUGGGUGUAUUGGGCCGAUUGGACAACGGGAGAGAUCGGUCGUGCGAACAAGAGUACGGGAGAGAAUCGAACGAUCGUUCACACGAAUCUGCGGUACACGUACUCGCUGCUAGCGUUCCAUCAUGGCCGUCAAUCAGGUUCUAAUCAGUGCCGUACGAACAAUGGAGGUUGUACGCAUCUGUGUCUGGCUCUUGGGCAGCGCAAAAUGACCUGCGCUUGUCCGACGCACUACACGCUGAAUGCGAACCGGGUCUCUUGUACACCACCGCGGAACUACAUCAUCUUCAGUCAGCGUAACUCCUUUGGACGGUUCGUACCGAAUACGGCCGAUUCACCGGACAUUCCGUUGCCGGUGACGGGAAAGAAUAUUCGCGCCGUUGAGUAUGACGUGCUGACGCGUCACAUCUACUGGAUUGAUGGACGUGGUCCCGUGAUACGACGAGCGUUCGACAACGGCACAAAUACGAAGGUUUCAAUCAAUCCCACAUCCUCGCCGUUUGAUAUGGCGAUCGAUCCGAUAGGUCGGCUACUAUUUUGGAGCUGCUCUCACACCAACACCAUCAAUAUAACGACCCUGGAUGGUAACAUCGUCAGUAUCGGUAACGUGGACAUUGGGCGAACGGAGAAACCACGCAGUUUGGCACUGCAUCCCAUGAAACGGUUGCUGUUCUGGACGGAUGUCGGUACCGCUCAAUCGAUCACUCGCGCCAAACUUGACGGUUCUCAGCGCGUUGAGCUGAUUACGAAGCUAGAAGGCAUUCAGGCACUGGCACUCGAUCCUCAGCUGAACCGUUUGUUCUACGCACACGGCAAACGGAUCGAUACGAUGGACAUUAAUGGACAGAAUGUGCGAACGCUGGUAGCGGAGCACAUUAGUAUGGUAUCGUCUAUUGCUGCGCUCGAUGGGUUCAUCUAUUGGCUCGACGAGCGACCCGUAAUGGAACGGAUAUCGGUUAACGGUGAUAACCGGCGCGUAGAGAUCCACAAAAACCCCCACAUGACGGACAUUGUGGCCGUGUGGACACCCGAGGAGCGCACGCUACGCAAUCACACCUGCAACACGGCACGGGCCGAGUGUAGCCACAUCUGCAUCGGUUCACCGGACGAUCUACCCUCGGAGCAUGUUUGUGCCUGCCCGCAGGGUUUGAUGUUGCUUAAGGAUCGUCGAAGCUGCGGUGAGCAACCGAUCUGUGGACCGGACCAUUUCACGUGUGCCGCACCGAACGAGCUGUCGGAUCGCGAUGGUAACAAGGAGUGCAUUCCAUCGUCGUGGCGCUGCGAUGGUCAGAAAGAUUGUCCGGAUCGAUCGGACGAGAUGGAUUGCCCGACAUGCCGGGGCGAUCAGUUCAAGUGUCAAUCGGGCGAGUGCAUCGAGAAGCACCUCGUAUGCGACGGUACAACGCAAUGCCGCGAUGGGUACGAUGAGGCGGUCUGCUGUAAACAUCCGGAAGAUUUCCAGUGUCCCACGAGUAAGGUGUGCAUCUCGUUCCACAACGUUUGCGAUGGCGAUGAGCACUGUGCCCGGGGUGAAGAUGAGGCACCGGAGCUGUGCAGUGAGUACAGUAACCGGCGGAUGGCACCCAACUCGAACAAGAUUACGCUCCUGAUCGUCGUCGUCGUGGCUGUAGCCAUCGUGUUUGUGGUGGUCUAUCUGCUACAGACCUGCCGCACACGAUUCGGUGCCGGUGCCGGUGGUAUGGAACCGAAGGAAUGUGAUCAAGCUGCUGCACCCCUGUCUCCGGGUGGUGGUGCCGGUGGUCUUAAUAAGAAUAUCCGUGUGUCCAAGUUGACCUCGGUGGCGGAAGCGGUACGAAUGUCAACGCUCAACAGUCGCAGCAGUGCGAUCAGUAGUGCGUACGAUCGGAAGCACAUAACGGGAGCGAGCAGUUCCGAUACGAACGGUAGCAGUUUAAUCGGAUAUCCGUUGAAUCCACCACCGUCACCUGCAACGACGGCCGGUUCAGCUGGUCGCUACUGUAACAGCUACCAUCCGUACAAGCACUAUAAAAUCAUUAACCAACCACCACCACCGACACCCUGCUCGACGGAUGCGUGUGAUGAGAGUGAUUCGAAUUACACCAGCAAAAGCAAUCGGAGCCAGCGGGGCCACGGUUCUGGUACCGGCGGUGGUACGAGCAGCUCGCUCGGUAGUGGCAGUGGACGCCAUGCGCACAUCGGUGGCACAUCGGGUGGUAGCAAUGGUGGCGGGAAGUAUAAGGAUCGUUGCUACGAUCCGGAACCGUAUCCACCGCCACCGACACCACACUAUCAUAGCGACAUUGGUGGGAUGCUACCAGAAAGCUGUCCACCGUCACCGAGCUCACGUAGUUCGACCUACUUCUCACCGUUGCCACCACCUCCCUCACCGGUACCGUCACCAUCGAGAGGCUUCUCGUAGCAACUAAGGUCCGGCAACGGCGCUGAUAAUGGUGGUGACGCAGAAGAUGACGGUUGUGAGCUGCUGGAAAGCCAUGCUCUCGUAUCCGGCCAAUUCUAACUUCGGCAUCGGGACCACCAGCCACCAGGCCACCCAGUCCGCCGUAAUUUUUGGUUCCUUCCUGCUUUGCGCGUGUGCCAUCUUCAUGUUUUUUGAAAGAAGGAGAAAAUUAGAGAAAAAGCGCGAGAUAGAGAGAUCCUUCAUAUUAUUUCAUUUAAUUUCAUUUCAUCGUUGACAAUCUGUGUAGGUAGUUUAGGAUGUGUAGCCGUUUGUAUAAAACCGAGAUUAACCUUACCCGCCCUUGCUCGUUAGAUCGAUCAAUUACAUGCCAACAGAAAGUGCCUCAAACUGUGCCGCGCAGGACAACCGUAGAACCGAGAGGUCUACAGCUUAGUUAUGGGGUAGCCUUGUCGUGAGGAGAUAGAUAGCGUUAGACCACUACUACCCCGACCCCGUUUAUGAGAAUCAGUAGGUUAAGCAUUUGUAAAUAGUGUCCUCUUAUUCAUCCAGUCGCCCCUCCCACCUUCCCUUGCUAAGCCUUAGAUCAAACGUCUCCCAGUUCAUGUUUAUUUCUUGCUCCUGUGCCAAUGGUGCAUGUUUAUCAAAACACAAAAUGGAGAAACCAAACCCCCAAAGAUCAAUUUUGUGAUCGUUUGGUUAAUAAGACUGAUUGCGCCAUCAGUGGAGAGAGAACAGCUCAUGAACUGGUGUCAGGUGGCGAUGGUAGGUAGCAGUAGGCUCCUCUUCUAUCUAGUGCUUCCGCCUGUUAGUUUACAUAUAGGGAAGGGAGUUACUCUCCCCCGGAGGGGCAUGAAACGAAGCAAUAUCACAAAGAUUUCCAUUAUCAUCAUCAUCGAUCGUGUUCUUCCUGGUGGCUGCUGUCAUCGAUGGCCCACGAUAUAGCAUAUUUCGACAAAAAUCGGAAUCCCAUCGUUUUUUACGAAGCUAAUUUUUGUUGUCUAGCGCGUGUUUGUGUGACCAAUCCAAUUUUGACGAAAUUGUUAGGAACAAUUUAUAGCGGAAUGUUUUAGAAAGAAUAUUAACGCCCUAGCGCGGAAGCUCGCCUUGUUGGCAGAUGGUGUUUACUGUUUAAUUGGAAGAUACUUAAGAGGGAUCGUACGUGUUAUAGGUACGCCAGUUGAAGCGAAAUCGAACAAUGAAGAAAUUACGAAGAAACACAUUCGAACUAGUCUAUUAUUGAGUAUAUCACAUUCCGAUUGUCCACUCAGUGU